AUUACUUAACAGCUAAAUAUUUCCUUUCAGUUAUUGACCACUUUGCAUUUGAGUAAAUAACUUUUCUGUAGACCAGCUUGCCAAAAUGUGGAUUCAAGUAAGAACCUUCGAUGGAAAAAAAUCUAUCAAAAUUGACGGACUUUCCAAACUUACAAAAAUUGAAGAUAUUCGCGGAAAAAUCAAGGAAAAGUUUGAGGUGGAGGAGGAUAAGCAACGUUUAUUUUUUAAUGGUAAACAACUAGUAGAUGGCCACACACUGUUUGAUUAUAGUAUUUGUUUGAAUAACAUCAUUCAAUUAUUGGAAAGAGUCACUCCUCCAGUCUUGAUUAAAGCUGAAUUAGAAGACAAAAAUGCAACAGAAAAAGACAAUGAAAAACUUGAAGAAAAUGUAAAAAAUUGUGAUUCAGACAGCGGUGUGGAUAUUGAGGGGAAAAAAGUAAUCGGUGAUAAAAUGUUACCUUCUAUUGGCCAAUACAAAAUUUUUGAGCGAGUUGAUGCGCAAGAUAAAAAUAUGGGAGCAUGGUUUGAAGCAGUUGUAAUGAAAGUUGAAAUGAAAUCAAAAUCCGAACAACCUGAAAUUUUAGAAAACAAAUGCAUAAAUUCAGAUGAUUUCUGCAAGCCUGUUAUAGUUCAGAAGCAGACUUCGAUGGAAAACUUUGUUUCUGUAAAGAGUAACGAUAAUGUUGCGAGUGAUGAAAAUAAGGAAAAUGUUGCUCCCGCAUUCGAUGAUUGUAAACCAUCUAGCUCGAAUACAGAAACUGUUAUCAAUGGCACUAAUGAAGCUGAUCUUCUGUACCAUGUAAAAUUUGAACAGUAUGAUGAAAUAGAAAUUGUAUCAAAUGGAAUGAUACGUCCACGAGCUCGCAAGCUUUUAGAAUGGAGUGAAUUUGACAUUGGUGAUGUUGUAAUGGCUAAUUACAACAUUGACAACCCAAAGGAAAGAGGAUUUUGGUACGAUUGCAUAGUUAUUGAAAAAAAGGAACGCAGAAAAUACAAAAAUUUGAAGGUCCAAAUUUUAUUAGCUUCUGACAAAACAUUGCAACCAUGUAAAAUUGUUUUUGUGGAAGAAAUAUUUCAAAUUGAAGAACCAGGCUCAUUGGAAAACAGAGUGGAAGAUGAGCAGGAGGUGCCUGUAAAACGACAUACCAUGACUGAUCCAGAAUGCUCUCAUUGCAAUGACAAACCAAAUUGUAAAUGUAAGGAAUGUGGUUGUCAUGUGUGUGGCGAAAAGAAAGACUUCGACAAAACAUUAUUAUGUGACGAAUGUAAUUUACCUUUCCACACAUUCUGUCUCAAUCCACCUCUUGAAAACCUUCCUGAUGUUGAUGACUGGUACUGCCCUCUUUGUCGAAAUGAUAAGUCUGAGGUUGUUAUGGCUGGAGAAAGGUUGAAAGAAAGUAAGAAAAAAUCGAAAAUGAAAUCGGCAACUUCAACUACACAACGUGAUUGGGGGAAAGGAAUGGCGUGUGUUGGGAGAAGUAAAGUCUGUACUAUAGUACCCUCAAACCACUUCGGCCCAAUACCUGGAAUCCCUGUUGGGAGUCUUUGGAAAUUUCGUGUCCAGGUUAGUGAGGCUGGUGUUCACCGACCCCACGUUUCUGGCAUCCAUGGUAAAGGAACUGAUGCUUGCUAUUCCAUUGUUCUCGCUGGUGGAUAUGAAGAUGACGAAGACAAUGGAGAGGAAUUCACAUAUACAGGAAGUGGGGGUCGUGACCUUUCAGGAAACAAAAGAACCGCUGAACAAUCAUGUGACCAAGUUCUUACCAAAAGCAACUUAUCAAUUGCUAGAUCUUGUGAUGCAAAGCUUGAUAGCAUCAAAGGUAAUGUUGCAAAAGAUUGGAAGAAAGGAUCACCAAUAAGAGUUGUACGUAACUACAAAGGUGCAAAGCAUAGUGAAUAUGCUCCCGAGGAUGGAAAUAGAUAUGAUGGAAUUUAUAAGGUCGUAAAAUAUUGGCCAGAAAAGGGAAAGUCUGGUUUUAUUGUAUGGCGUUAUUUGUUUCGACGUGAUGAUUCUGAACCUGCUCCUUGGACUAAAGAAGGUAAAAAGAAAGCAAAAAAUUUGGGAUUGGUCUUACAGUAUCCUGAUGGUUAUCUUGAGUCCCAGGCCACUAAAGAAGAUGAUAAGAAAAGUAAAAAGAGAAAGAGAGAAUCAGAAGUUGGUGCUGGAGGAUCUCCAAACAAAAAAUCUAAAAUUAUAGCAUAUAAAAUCACUGCAGAUGUGAAAGAAUUCAUCAAAUUAGAUGAAGCUAAUUCCAAGCUUUGGGAUGAAGUGAAAGAAUGUGCUGAGGAAGGACAAAUUAAUUUUUUUCAAAAACUUGAAGAGGUUUUUACAUGUAUUUGUUGUCAAGAUGUUGUCUAUAAACCUAUUACUUCAGAGUGUAAGCAUAAUAUUUGCAAAUCUUGUCUAAAACGAUCUUUCAAUGCUGAAGUUUAUUCCUGUCCAACUUGCCGUUUUGAACUUGGAAAAAAUUACAAAUUUGUCGUUAAUGAAAAUUUACAAAAUGCUCUGCUGAAAUUAUUACCAGGCUAUGAUAAUGGUCGGUAAGACAUCGACAAAUGUCAGUUAAGGUACUGUAAUACAAUGAGCGAGAUUUUCUUUUCUAGCUGCUGUUUCGAUUCAAAAUUUUUGUUAGUAGUGGGGUAGUGUAAGAUGUGAUUUGCAUGUUGAACAGAAUGCUACCGAUAUAAACCUGUUAGUACAAUUUAAGAUUUGUUUAAGAAAUUGAGAAUUUCAUCCCUAAUAUUUCGUCCUGGACAGAUGUGUUGUAACUUGUCACUACUCUACCUUAUCCAAGUUGGUGUAUCAGGAUUUUAUAUUUAUAACACCUCAUUUUUGAAAUUGUGUUUAUUUUGAACCUUUCAUGAUAGGGACUCAGGGAGGUAGUUGCAUAUUAAAAAUUUGGUAAGUGUGAGCCGGUGGCAGCGGUUAGCAUUUUCUUUGUUUUGCUUGUUGUGUACAUAUGUUUUGUUGAUUUGAUGUUUUCUUUUAUACUAAUUAAAUAAAUCGGAGCCAACUUUGAAUACUAUCUUCUCAAAACUAUAUCGAUCAAACUUCAUUUUGUUCCAACUGUCUCCGAGCCGUAUUUGUUUAGUUCUCGAGACGUUUACAUCUUUUAUCUUGUUCGAAUUUGUCUGAACAAGUCUACAGACCAACUUUUUCAUGAUUUUGGGAAGAUAAUAUAUGGAAUAUUGUAUUUUAAAAUUAAGAUAGUAUGGUGUUUGAAAAUAGUUCCUAAAAGUUUCUAUGUGUGAGUUUUAACAAUAUCUGUAAAAACCCCAUCACAACUCUGUAACAAUGUUUUAGCAAUAUUAUCUUAGAAUGAAAACAUAACAAUGAUUUAUCUCUAGUGUGUAUCGUACGCCAACUAAAUUAUUUAAUUAAAUUAUCGAUACACUUUAAUCACUGUUUUUGAGCACUACUGGUAAAAAAGGGUAACAAUAUAACAUUUUUAAAAGCUUCUUUGUUUGAAAAAUUUUGCAUUGAUAUUAUUGCAUAAUAAAUACAUGUUAUUAAAUGGAUCAAUGCACUACCCAUAUUAUGAUGCUUUGUUGAAGAAUUUCUGAAUGGUUGCUUUUUAUUCUGGAUGCAAUCUUACUAUUAAAUACAUUAUUGUACAUAGGUCAAAUGUACCGAAUUGGUUGAUACUUAAUAAUACACACCUACUUUUCUUGAAUUACUUUUCGUUUUUUUAUAUGUCAGAAGAUUAAACUGUUGUUUCUGCUUGUUCAAGUUUAUGUUGAAUGUAUUGUUAUAUUUUCACUCAAUCAAGGGCAUGCAGAAUAUUUAGUUCAUUCAUCUUAUUCCAAUUUUGGACUAAAAGUUAAGUUAGAUUGUGAAGUUUGUUGUUUCAGCUGGUUAUACUGUUAUGUACCUGUUGGGCUCUUCCUAUUUUAUACAAUAUGAUAUUCAUUCCUUCUUUUUGUAAAUAGA